AUCCAAGUAAACAACAUGGCGGAUGGUGGUUCGCAAAUGAUGGAUAAUCAGGCUGUUGAGGACGGAUUUGUGCACAUUAACGGCGAAACUCAUGUUCUAAACUAUGACACAAACAUUUUAAACCUCGAAGAAAAUCGAGAAGUUAGUCCAGUUGCAGAUGUUGAACCACUGAAUGACAUUUUGACUGGAACAGGUUCUGGAGAUGAGGAGGAAGAAGAUAUUGAGCUCUCACCUGGAGGAAUUUUAGAUGAGGAGACAGUUGGUCGAGGUCUGUCUAAUCUUGGGCGUUCAGCAGAUGGUGCAAAACAAGUUUAUCUACACUGUACAAUACCUGGCUUCAAUUUGAUAGAUAUUCAAGCCAUUGCAAAUUACACAGAACUACAAAAAAUUGAAAUUCCUUAUAACCAGUUGACAGAUUUAUCCCCACUGAGCAACCUGCCUUUUCUGUUGAUUCUGGAUGCCUCUCAUAACAAACUGUCAACAGUGCUAGAUUUCAAACCACCAAAGAAUCUGAAAGAUGUGGACCUGUCAUUCAAUGAAAUUGAGGUGAUGACAGAUCUAUCUGCUCAUCAUUACCUCACAAAACUUAACUUAGACAACAAUAAUAUCAAAGACAUCCAAGGAUUAGAGAAAUGUUCUAGAUUGAAACACCUAAGUCUGGCCCACAAUAAGAUUGAGACUAUAAAAGGUCUUGAUUCACUGCCAAUUCAUUAUCUUAACCUG